GACGAGGUGCGUCAGACUCUCGCGCCAGAUCUCAACCUAGUCCAACUGCGGAUGUGGUGAGAUUUCUCGAAAGUCCAUGCUCCAACUUUUGGCCAGGUCGUCCAUCGUCGCUUCGUUCUCCAUCUCCAUUUCUUCCAUCCCACUCAAGUCAGUAUAUCUGUGACAAACCGGGGGCCUUCUAGACGUUCCCUUGUCCCGCAUUUGCGCACGCGUGUCCCCUUCCCGCUGUUCGCCGAAGGGCAUCGUUCCACAUCUAGACCGAGCAGACCGAGGCGGGCUACAACAAAUCCUCUUUCACACAACACCACAGCACAAGACAAUGGUGCUGCUAAAAUCACCCUCACCCCUCCUCCCUUCUUCUCCCGACCUCCGCUGGCGCAAAUCCGACCGCCGCCCCUCCAUCCUCAAAUACACCCUCCUCCUCCUAAGCAUCCUCUACCUCGCCUUCCUCGCCUGCACAUUCGGCCCUUCCUCCCUACCGCUCCCUGCGUCUGUGGCAGAAUUGACGGAUAGCUGGAAUGGCGAGUAUAGCUGGGGGCCCGCUUGGGCCUCGUCAGAAUCUGGGAGAGGGGAAGGUGAGGGGAGAGAGGCGUAUGUGACAUUCUUGUCGUCGGUGGUGGACCCUUGGUACCUCCUCUCCACCCGCUUGCUCUUGUGGCAACUCCAACAUUCCCCCUCCACCGCCGACCUUGCCCGGCCAUUCGUCGUCCUUGCCACCCCUUCCAUACCCUCCGAGAUCUGCGAGCAGCUCGAGAGAGAAGGCGCGCAAGUCAAAAAAGUCGAAUUACUGGACGGUUUCCCGGUACCAGAGGGUAUGGAAGCGAACCAUCACUGGAAGGACCAAUAUACCAAACUCCACAUAUUCAACCAAACUGCCUUCUCCCGCUUGCUCUACCUCGACAACGACAUGCUCUUGCUCAAAUCGCUCUCGCCCAUUUGGGAUAGUGUCCCAUCAAGUUUUGAAGGUGUGGGUGGCAUGGGAGAGAGGAGUAAAGGGAUGAUGGCGGAAGAUGAUACGAGGAGAAGACCGGAAGAAGGGGAGGUGAGAGAUUAUCUCAAUGCGGGUUUUCUGCUCGUCAAGCCGGAUGGAGAGACAUUUGAAGAGCUCAGAGGGGUCAGAGAGUAUAAUCCGUUCUACAUGGAACAAGCAUUAUUGAAUGAGUACUUUAGCUGGGAAGGUGAUCAUCCAUGGACACCGCUGCAAGACCAAUUCGUCUCUCACUUUCCUCGUCGAGAACAACUGCACGAUGGACACUAUGCGCUGCAUGCAAAGAUGUGGAAAGACGAGAUAGACCGCGAAGUCGUUGAUCUAUGGGAAACCAAAGUGGGGCAGAUGGAAGACUACUUUGGCCGUUUGUAGUGUGUAGAUAUUAGAUGUUGUUGUGAGAUUUCUUGGGCACUCUUUGAUGCUUGCUUGAUAUACCUGUUAGCUUGUGAAUGUAUACUUGUAACAGUAACA